AUGGCCGAAGAGGGAGAGGAGAUGGCGCACACAGGCGACGAUAACCGCUCGGCUGCUCUCUCUUGCGAAUGCAGAGACAGGGAUUUGGCCCAACUGCACGAGUACGAAAAUGUAUUAUUCCUCCACACCCUCCUCGCCGUCCUCUCUGCGGCCACGCUUGCGCUUCCUCGCUUGCCCGAAGGCCCGGACCAGUGCAACACAACAACACCCAGCUACCCGACCAGCGUACACGUUCGUGCAGCUAUCCGCAGAGAGACAGGCAAGGCUCCGAGGCGGUGGCCAUUGGCGAUCGACCAACACUUCCUUGUCGGUGUCGCACGUGAGAAGAAGGAGGACGAAGCCGGGACAAGCACGAGCAGCAUGCCACCGCGUAAGAGCGACGGCGGCGGCGCGGCGGCGGCGGUGACAGCCGCAGCAGCAGCAGACGGGCUCCGGCCACCGGCCACCACGCCGCCACCACAACACCAACGAGCACCAGCUCCGUCCACCCCGUCUUCCGAUCCGGCAGCUCCGUUUUCUACCGAUGCCGGCGACGACGCAAAGGAUCCAUCCACGACGGCCGCAUCAGCCGAAAAGGACAAGGAGCGGCGAGAGUCGCGCGGUAACGACGCAAUUACGAUCGAGGACCUCAGCCUGCCACGAUCCAUCAUCACCCGUUUGGCCAAGGGCGUCCUGCCUCCCAAUACGUCGAUUCAGGGCAACGCCGUCACUGCCGUAACCAAGAGCGCCACUGUCUUCAUCAGCCACUUGGCCAAUGCUGCCAACGUCAUCACGACCAAUGCCGGCAAGAAGACGAUCAUGCCGGCCGAUGUCCUUGCCGCACUCGACGACAUUGAGUUUGGCUUUCUGCGGCCCCAGCUCGAGGCCGAGUUUGCCAAGUUUAGCCACAUCCAGACCUCCAAGCGGUCCGAUUACCGUAAGCGGGUAGCUGCGGCCAAAAAGGCCACCACAGAUGGCGACGGAGAUGGUGAUGGCAAUGGUGACGGCGAUGGCGACAGCACGAUUCCUGGCGCAAAUGCAUCGUUUGCCUCUGCCGUGGCCCACGACGAGAACGAUGCAGAAGCCGGUCGGCCGACGGCAGCCAAGGGCAGCAGCAGCAAGGCCGCCGCCAAGGGCACAGCUUCAUCCAAGGCGAGAUCCGCAGGGGAAUCCUCUGCAACAACAGCAGCAGCAACAUCGGAUAGUGCGCCGCCGCUGGCCAAGAAGGCCAAGAGGGGAUCGUCGCAAGGCAAGGGCAGUGCCAAAGCCGUAGACGACGAGAUGGGUUCGGGCGACGCAUCUGAUGCCGAAGACGAAGACGCUGUCAUAGACGAGGACGAGGGGCCAGAAGAAGACGCCGAGGAGGAUGAGGAGGAAAACGAGGAUGAAGAGGAUGACGAAGAGGACGAGGAGCAGGGGCCAGACGAGGACACCUUAGAGGACCGCGAUAAUGCGCCGGACGAGGACGAGGCCGUCGACAGCGAUGGCAGUGAAUAA